AUGCUACGCCUUACUCUCAAGUGGCGCAGCGGUCGACUAUCCUAUCCUUCACCGAACGAUCUCAAGACGGAAGAGAUACGCUGGAUGGUGACCUACCGAACCUUGAUAUUGGCAGUGUCGGACACACAAACCUUGACAACAAUCGCUUAUGGCCUUGACUUUUGGCUAAUUCAGAAAUGCUCGAUGUCCGCCUACCACUAUGUCAUCGCCAUAAACAUCUGUCUGAUCUCUUGUGCAAACUUUGUCCUCUCGCUCUCCUUGGUGAGAGAGUAUUGGAAAGCUCCUGCAUCGGCACUGCUCCGAGUCGUGGGCAUUGCAGUCAUCUUUGGCUAUCUGUUGAAGUUACUCAUUUACCAGGGAAGUCGAAAGGACUUUCCAGAGUAUCAACCACCGCUUGGUAUGACAUCGAGUGCACUACUCCUCCCUGCAACCUGCUUCUUGGACUCUGAGUUCGCCGACUUCUAUCGAAGCUAUACCGAGGCGCAAAAGCAGACGAUAGGUUACCCCAUGAAGCCUUGGCAAUUUGAGGAGCUCGUCAUUUACGUUUUCAAUUUCGUCGGAUUGAUCGCAGGCUUAGGGAGAACGCUUUGGCAGCUCCAGUGGGACAGGCAUCACAGAGGGUCGACCAGGACAUAUACACGUUGGCAAAGUCUCGGAAUAGCUUUUUACAAAGUUCAAGCCGUCAUAGUCUUCCUGGCCGUCAAUGUCGGCGCCUUUGUGCGUAUUUACAGUCUGAAAACCUGGGUUAACCAAUCAGGAUGGAUAAAGCCCGGUCGUACGAACAAUCCGGAGAACGACUGGCUUGCUAUUAGCCAGAUCUUGCCAUUAAUUUUACUGGCAACUGCUUUCGUGGCCGUUUCCGAUCAAUGGACGCUUAAGUGGUAUGCUCAAGCCCAGGGCCAAGAUGGACAGAAAUCGAAUUCUUCUCACGGGUUACUGGACUUUCGGCAUUCGACUCCAGCUUACUCCCAGCACCAGCAGGGAUCUUUUGUUCAGGAUCGAGUUACUUCUACGCCACCAAGGAAGGUCGUUCAUCGAGACCCUGGGUUGAGGAGUACCGAUCAGGAUUAUGAUUCUGGACGUUGGUGA